CACUUGUGUCGCGCGCUUGGAUCAGCGCAGUAACCAGCCUGCCUUGGGGGGGGGGGUGUUGGGGGCUCCUUAGGGUCCCGUCAGCGCCCUGGGCUGGCAGAGCUGGGAGCGGGGGAGGGGCCAGGGCAGCCGCCAGGCCGUGCGCCUGUGUGCGUGUGCGCGCGUGUUCGUGUGCCUGCGUGUACGUAUGUAGGUGUGUGCGUGUGUGUGUGCAUAUGCGAGGGUGUGUGUGAGCCCGUGUUCCUGUGUGUGUAUGCGUGGGGGGUGCGCGUGUUCGCGUGUGCGCUUUCCUGCGUCCGUGGGUCCGCGUGUGUGUGCGUGCGUGUUCAUGAGCGUGAAUCUGCCAGUUCGUGCGUGCGUAGACGUGUGUGUCCGUGUUCGCGUGUGUGGUCGUGUGUGUGUAUGCGUGGGGGUGCGUGUUCUUGUGUGCUCGUGGGGGUGCCCGUCCCGGCGCUGCCCGCGCAGUCAGUCCCGCACCGGCAAAGUUUGCGGCGGGCCGCGGACUCGGGCUGCGAUUGGCCGCGGGGCAGCACGUGCCGGCCGCCGGCCCUAUAUUAGGGCAAUAUUGCCCGCGCGGGGCGGUGCCAUGGCCGUGGCUGGCGGCGCGGGCACAGCCGGGCCCUCGCCCUGCCCCGGGCCAUGAGCGCCUACCUGGAGCUCUUCCCCCGCGGGGGCGACCGCGCCUUCCCGGAGCGCGCCUACGGGGCCGCGGGCAGCCUGCCCGGGCCGCCUCCGCCCCCGCCCGGCUUCGCCGCCUGCCAGCGCCAGGGCGCCUACGGCCCCGCGCCACCUGCCGCCGGCACCUUCCCGCCGGGCUACGACCUGCCCUACGCGGCCGGGCCGCAGGGCGAGGGCGAGGGCGGCGGGUCCCUGCACUACGCCACGUCCCUGCUGGCGGGCGGCGGCCUCCCCCCGCGGCGCGAGCCGGGCAGCCGGGCGCCGCUCGGCCCCUUCCCGGCCGGGCUGCACGAGGCGCCCGUCUUCCCGCCGGCCGGCGUCCCCAGCGGCUCGCCGCCCCCCGGCACCUACCCGCCGCCCCGCUCCCCAGCCCCGGGCGCCGCCAGCGGCACUUUCGAGUGGAUGAAGGUGAAGAGAAACGCGCCCAGGAAAAGCAAAGCCGCGGCCCCCGGCGCCGCCAGCGCGGCGCGCACCAGCUUCAGCACCCGGCAGCUGACGGAGCUGGAGAAGGAGUUUCACUUCAACAAGUACCUGACGCGGGCCCGGCGCCUGGAGAUCGCCCGCGCGCUGCAGCUGCACGACACGCAGGUGAAGAUCUGGUUCCAGAACCGCAGGAUGAAGCAGAAGAAGCGCGAGAGGGAAGGGCUGCUGCCACCCGCCCGCCGCGCCGCCGGCACCCCGGAGCCCUGCCCCGCUGCCCGGGACCCCCCGUGACGCGGAGCCGCGGCCGGCGCCGGCUCCCGGGCAGCUCGCUGCGGGGCAGGGCAGGGCAGGGCAGGGGGCACCCGAGGUGACGGAGCGGCCGCAGCAUCCUCGGAGCAUCCCGAGCCAGCCCCCCUCCCCAUCCUCCCUCUUUGCACUAGGGCCCUGCUUUGCGACCAGACCUCUGGGCUGCGUCUGCCUGAGAAACGGCCCCUCUUGUCCUAUCGAUCUGUCUAUUGCGCUCGUUUCUGUAAAUACACCGGACUGCUCCUAACCGCCGCUGGCUUGCACUUGACUUCUGGGCGGAUCGGGGAUUGCUGCCGGGCAAAGCACGCUGCUAAGUUUCCUUAUUGGCCUUCUGAGACGUUGGUGAAGCAGGCGGCGUCUCCGAGCCUAGCGGGUCAAACGAGCCCUCGGAGCGUCCUCAAGGCUCAACCUGCCGCGAUGCUCUGCUGAAGGGGCUUUCUGGCCGCCCCGCCAGCCGGAGAAGAUGCGCUCUGGCGGGUAGGCUGAGCGUCUGCACGGACAGCGAAGUUCUGGGUAUUUGCACUAUGACGCUUUAAAUCGCUCCUACUCUCCUAUGUGCCUGAGUACAGACAGUCCCGGAUCAGCUGCUACCGCAACGGAACGACCUCGUUUUCAGACUUCGCAACUGCGACUUACCAAAGCUGUGGCCAGACUUGUACUGUAGUUAUUUUGUAAAGGAGAAGCUUUGUCUUGGUCUUUCUCCGCUAGGGCAUGUUUGGUGGGGCUGUUUUUUUUAAAUACAAUCCCAAAUAGCUGGGAGCUGACCAGAUAAUGCCUAAAACUGAUAGGUAGAUAGAGAACAAAUGAGGAGGGCUUUGCGGAACAAUAGUGGUACCAAAGAUAGUCUGAUCUACCCGGCAGGGUCAAACUGAUUUAGUAGAUAUAAUGCUGGCUGUGUCCUAGAGGUUUUUUGUUUGGUUGGUUGAGGGUUUUUUUUGUCGUCCCCACCCCCCCACCCCCUUCAAGAGACAUUUAAAAAAAAAAAAAAAAAGGAGUAGGAGUUUUUAACAAAAUGAACUAGAAGCUUAGUGGUUAUUCCCUAACCUUUCCAGGAAGAAAACAACAGAAAAGUGGCUUGCAAACGAAGGCUCUUCUUGCCUUUCCCUUGUAUGGUAGUUCUUAGUAAUAGGGAAGAGGGCAUGAAAGCACUGACUUCCCACUUCCAAAGUCAAGAAUCGCAAAAGGGGACUGAACCACGUGGGCGGCCUUGUCUCAGGAGUACGUGGGCUGACCUUCCCUCAAAUGUGAUCAGGGGUCUUCAUUACUGACUGGCUAAACUUGGGGGAGGGAUAUCCUGUCCCAACUCUCUGUCCAUGGGAACUACUUGAACUGAGAUAGCCCGAUUGGAUUUGUAAACCGUGCCUACAACUUUAGGAAGCAGGUAAUAGUGCACAGUGGCCUUGUGAUUUAACAGUGACUGCUAGACAAUCUCUUCAGUGACCCUACAACCCUGCAACUAGGGAGUCCCAAACACCUCAUGGGCAAGAUUGUGAAGUUGCUGAAUCCCAACUCAUGGGUUUUAAGCAGAGAGUGAAAUGAAAAUAAAUAAAUAAAUGCGAUUGGAAAAUGA